AUGGCCGUUGUUUUGCUGGGAGCGGCCUUGCUUAUUGUUCAGCCUCAAGCAGUGCCUUCGAGACCCACUGUCAGUUCUAAGGGUGAAGCUACAGCGCAACCAGCUCAGAAAGAGCCCUUUAAGAAAAAUGACUUCAAAGAAACCAUCCGCCCAAAUGGGACAUUCCAGCAACUUCCGCAAACGGUCAUCAUUGGAGUCCGGAAAGGUGGAACCAGAGCCCUACUAGAGAUGCUAAGCCUCCAUCCAGAUAUAGCAGCCGCAGAGAGUGAAGUCCAUUUUUUUGACUGGGAAGAGCAUUUCCGAAAUGGAUUGCAGUGGUAUACUAACCAAAUGCCAUUCUCUUAUCCACACCAGAUAACAGUAGAGAAAACCCCAGCAUAUUUCACCUCCCCUGAAGUGCCUGAAAGAGUUUAUAGCAUGAACAAACUCAUCAGAUUGCUGCUUAUUUUGCGAGACCCCACUGAGAGAGUGUUAUCGGACUACACUCAAGUGUUUUUCAACCACAUGCAGAAACAUAAGCCGUAUCCCUCUAUUGAAGAGCUCCUUGUUAAAGAUGGAGAACUCAACGUGAACUACAAGGCAAUAAACAGGAGCUUGUAUUACGUUCACAUGCAAAAUUGGUUGAAGUAUUUUCCUCUGCAUCACAUUCACAUUGUAGAUGGGGACAAGCUGAUCAAAGAUCCUUUCCCAGAAAUAGUAAAGGUAGAAAGGUUUUUGAAGUUGACCCCUCAGAUAAAUUCUUCAAACUUUUACUUCAAUAAAACAAAAGGUUUUUACUGCCUAAGAGACAGUGGUAGGGAUCGGUGUUUACACGAGUCGAAAGGACGAGCACACCCCAAAGUAGAUCCAGUUUUACUUGAAAAAUUGCAUGGAUAUUUUCAUGAACCUAAUCGGAAAUUUUUUGAGCUUGUGGGCAGAACGUUUGACUGGCACUAAAUAUGGUGGUAAGUUAGAGAAGGUUCUGAGGAGCCCACGAUGUAUGCAUUUAGAAGAGGAGGGCAUGUAAGCUAUAAUUUAUUUGUAAAAUCCAUAAAUUACUUCUGUACAGUAUUAGAUUAUUAAUUUCCAUAUAAACUAGUAAUAUUUUUCUACUUG